CUUCACACAGGAAGCAUCCCUUAACAUUUACAUCCCACGCAAAAAUCACUUGCAAGUAGUUUCUCGGUGAUUUUAAUAUCUUUCUUUCUUUCGUUGUCAGUGCAAUAUAUCGCGGGAUCUCCAGUUAGAUCAUCGCCCCUCAGCUGCGAGCACAAUUACCAGAACGCACAGGAGGAAUUAACUACAAGAAAAAAACUGUUACGAUUUCCCAUGAAACCCUGCUGGAUCAUGUAUUAGAGCUGAUUAUGAAUGAGAAGACUCCUAACAGCACCAGUCUGUUUUUGAGUGAAGACUCUGAGAAGCCACAGCGUGCCGAGGAGGGGCUCCAGCGUCUCUGCAGAGCUAUACAGAAGCAGAUGUCAGGAGGCAGGCGAAAGAUGGGUGGCAUCACGCGAGACGGCGUCAAGACCUUCCUGCGAAGGAACACAUUUGUGAUCUUCACUGUGGCUGCAGUGGUUGUAGGGGUGCUGCUGGGUUUCGCUCUCAGGCCUCAUAACCUGUCCAUCAGGGAGGUGAAAUAUUUUUCCUUCCCUGGAGAGCUGCUCAUGAGGAUGCUUCAGAUGCUCAUUCUACCUCUCAUCAUCUCCAGUCUUGUCACAGGAAUCUCAUCCUUAGACAGCAAGGCAUCUGGGAAGAUGGGAAUCCGGGCCAUCAUCUAUUAUAUGGUGACCACGUUUAUAGCUGUUUUCAUUGGUAUUGUUUUGGUGAUUAUAAUCAGGCCAGGUAAAGGGAGCAGGGACAGACCAAUGGCCUCAAGUGGCAGCAUUGAGCCAGUGCAGGCUGCUGAUGCCUUUCUGGACCUGAUAAGAAAUAUGUUUCCACCUAAUUUAGUUGAGGCCUGCUUUAAACAGUAUAAAACACUAUACAAGAAGACUGUGCUGACUAAAAACAUCAGCAUCAUGGUCAAUGUGUCAGACAGCUUCAACUAUAAAGAAAUUGGCCAGGAGUCCAACUUCAGCACAAUCUUGCAGACCAUCCAGGAGACCAUGGAAGAUGUUGUCCCCAUUUCAGGUUCUUCUAAUGGGGUGAAUGCCCUGGGACUGGUGGUCUUCUCCAUGUGCUUUGGUUUAGUUAUUGGGAACAUGAAACAGCAGGGCCAGGCUCUGCGGGACUUUUUUGACUCUCUGAAUGAGGCCAUAAUGCGCUUGGUAGCCAUCAUCAUCUGGUAUGCUCCGGUGGGCAUCCUCUUCCUGAUUGCGGGGAAGAUUGUGGAGAUGAAGGACCUUGCACUGGUGGGCGGACAAUUAGGGAUGUACACGGUGUCUGUUAUUGUUGGGCUGCUCAUCCACGGCCUGAUUGUUCUGCCUCUGCUCUUCUUUGUGGUGACCAAAAAGAACCCAUACACCUUCAUCGCUGGGCUGCUGCAGGCUCUGAUCACUGCUUUGGGUACCUCAUCCAGUUCUGCUACCCUGCCCAUCACCUUCCGUUGUCUUGAGGAAAACAACCACGUGGACAAACGUGUGACAAGAUUUGUGCUGCCAGUAGGAGCUACAAUCAACAUGGAUGGCACAGCUUUGUACGAGGCAGUUGCAGCCAUUUUUAUUGCCCAAGUCAAUGAGAUGGACCUAAAUUUUGGGCAAAUCCUCACCAUAAGCAUCACGGCGACUGCCGCCAGCAUUGGAGCAGCAGGUAUCCCUCAGGCUGGGCUGGUUACCAUGGUGAUAGUAUUGACAUCGGUGGGACUGCCCACAGAGGACAUUACACUGAUCAUCGCAGUGGACUGGUUCCUGGAUCGACUCAGGACCACCACUAACGUUUUGGGAGAUUCGUUUGGUGCUGGGAUUGUUGAACACCUUUCACGACAGGAACUUCAGAACCAAGACGUGGAAAUCGUCAACUCUGUUAUUGAGGAGAAUGAAAAGCCAUACCAGCUCAUCUGUCAGGAUAAUGAUUCUCUCAAACACUGCAACAGCGAAACCCCUAUGUAACAGCCAUGGCAUUCAAAAAUCAUUGUUCUAUAGUGUACCUUAAGCACUGUUAAUUAGAAACAUUUUCAGAAAAUCGAAAUGUGCUCAGUAGAAUGCUGUAAAAAAAAAAAAACAUCAGAAUGUUACUAAAUGAAACCCCAAUCUGAAAUGUAUUGUUUGUUGUUUUUUCUGUCUAUUUAAUUAUUUUUUUUUUAAGUGAAUGACAUCUAAGGCAAAGUAGCACCCUCUUAUAAUAUCACUAUGCUAGUUUUAUAAUGCCUUUUUUAAGACUGUUAAAAACAUUAAGGACUUUAUAAUAGUUUAAAAUAUAAAUAAACUUAUAUAUGAGUGUUUUGAAAUGAAUAGUUUGUUAAUGUUAUUAAACCAGCAUUAUAACAAUGUCAUUCAGAUGUUUGACCUCUUACCUCAAACUCACGAUGCCAAACUCAUUGAUGAAAUCACAUGUAGAGACAAAGGGAACCUUUUUCAGUUAUUCUGAUAUUUAUGAUCUGCUUUUGGUUUGCAGUCACCAACAUGUGUUUAUUAUUUAUCUAUAAGGAAUAUUCCGGUUUCAACACAAGUUAAGCUCAAUUGACAGCAUUAGUGGCAUAAUGUUGCUUACCACAAAAAUUAUUUCGACGCCGUCCCUCCUUUUCUUAAAUAAAGCAAAAAUCGUGGUUAUAGUGAGGCACUUACAAUAGAAGUGAAUGGGGCCAAUUUUUAGAGGGUUUAAAGGCAGAAAUAUUUCAUAAAAGCACAUACAUGAAUUGUUCUGUUAGAUUACUACUUUUAUUAUUUUUAGCUGUGAAGUUGUUUAAAUAAUUUUUUUGCAGGAUUACAGGAUUUAUGGUGUUACAUUGUCAUGCCAACGAAGUUAUAAAAAUGUAUAUAUAUAUCUUUACAUAGAAAAGGUUAGCAAGAGAUUUUAUCACACUAAAAUCACGUUAGCACACACAUUGUUUACGUCUUGUGGCUCUACUUUUGAAACUGAGUAUUUUAACAUUUACACAUUGGCCCAGUUACUUCCAUUGUAAGUGCCUCAGUGGAAUGCAGAUUUUGGAUUUUUAAAGAAAAGGAGGAAAAGUCGAAGUUAUUUUUUGUGAUAAUCAAUGACACAAAUGUUGUCGAUUGAGCUUAACUUGUAUUGAACCCGGAAUAUUACUUUAAGACUUAAAAUCAUAAAUUUUUGUAGAUGUUUAUUUGAUGUUGCAUGAUCUUAUUUGAUAUUUGAAUGUAACUUUACUGUACUGUGCUUUUACUUUAUCCCUUGUUAUGUAAUAGACUGUGAAGUAUGUAAAAGUAUAAUUCCUCCCCUAAAAAUAGCUUUUAGUGAUAUAAUUUGCUUUGGUUGUGUUUUAGUAGUACAUAUCAGCAGGAUGUAACAUUUAGCUGAGUGGUGCAAGUAAAGACAGUGUAGAAGUUUGUGAAGUGAUUAAUUUUUUAUGAAGAAUCAGAUUUUUGUUUUACCUUGGUUAUUUGGUUAUGCUUCGCCAGCCAAGUUGUGUUAUGCUAUUACAUUAAUUGUGUCAUUAUUCUUGAGACUUCUCUGUCUGCCAGCUCUAUAAAUGUUUGUGCUGCCCAUCUAAACAGUGUGCCUGGGUAAAGCACUUGACCCCAUUCUCCGACUGUUCCAUACUAAGUCUCCUGUCAGUGCUCAUAUGAAUGGAUGAACUAGACUGUGUAUAACACUUGGAGAUUGUUACUUUUAAAUGCAAACUAUGUGUAAAUUGCAUUAUACUGUAUACUCUUUGUUAUUUAUAAUCCUUUAUAAAAGCAUUUAUGGAAUAGAAUAGAAUUUUGUUUUAUUGUACUUUUUCUUUUUUAUUGCAUAUUGUGGGCAUAUUUGGGUAUUUUGAAGACUGGAAGAUGAAUAAAUGU